AUGACAACACGCAGCCUACCGACACAGGAGGGAGGCCGACAUGUAUUUUGUAACAUUCGGGAUGAGCGACUCAUUCAGGCUGAAUGUUACAGCGUUACAGAUUGGGAAAUUGACCAAAAUUCAGCCGCUUCUGUCCGGGUGGGCCAUGGAUACUUUGCAUCCAUUUUGGCUGAGCUUGACGUGAAGAAAGUGGUGCAAGCCAACGGCUAA